AUGAAACGUAAGCUUGGGCGUCCUCGGAAAAAAGGUUCAUCUUCGUCGAUUGCUCUAAAUAAAGGUGGUAAUGCUAAGAACGCACGAUAUGCUCCUACCAGUAUAACCGAUAUUGACCAACUUGGAGGUUUGUUUCGUUACAAUAUCGAUGAAGUUCCUGAUCUAACACCCCAGGGAAUUCGUAAUGCACAACAGAGAAGAAUGCAUAUCAUGCGUGAGAGGAGAAAAAGAGAAGAAGCUAUUGAUCUUUUGGCUACUUCUAUCAACACCGAAGAGUUUGCUUGCUUUAUUGCUACUGAUUCUGAGUCCGAUAGGGAUAAUGAUGAAGACUCUAUGUCGGAAAGUGAGGAUAUGAAAACAGGACCGACUGAUAAAUUGCGAGAGAAGCUUGUUGAGAAAAUAAAAAAUAUGCUAGAUAAACAUAACAAACAUGUGGAUGCAUUACGAAACGUUCGAGAAAGGUUUGAUCCUAACGAUGAUACAAGCCGGUUAAGGAUAAUUUUAAAGCGUGACAGGAAAAGUGAUGGAAGGACUGAGAAUCUACCAGCUACUAAUGAGGUUGCUGCAUUGAUACCUAAUGAUUUCGAUCAUGAGAUAGAUGCACGUGAUAUCAUCAUCGAGUGUAAAAAGACUGGGAAUCUCAAAAGGAUCAGUGAACUACAUCCUGCGUAUCUGCCUUUGCAAUAUCCAUUAUUGUUUCCCUAUGGCGAGGACGGGUGCAGACUUGGUAUCGAUAUUGGUUUUGUACAUACCCAAAUGAGGAAAAGGUUGCAUAUUACUAUGAGAGAGUUUUUUGCUUUCCGCAUACAGAAGAGGGUUGGCGAGUCACCAAUCAUCCCUUUAUCUGGAAGAUUAUUCCAGCAGUUCUUAGUGGAUGCGUACACGAUGAUUGAGACUAAUAGACUACGUUUCAUUUCAAUGAAUCAGUCUAAACUUCAUUGCGAAAAUUAUGACAAGAUAAAGAAAAUUGUUGAUGAAGGUGACACUGAUCUUUCUGACAAGGCGAUCUACACGAUUGAGUUUCAAAAAUGGGGACUACCUCAUACACACAUCGAUCUUUUUUUAGAGGCUGGUCACAAGCUACCAACUGGUGAUGACAUUGAUAAGAUAAUAUGUGCUGAGAUUCCUGACAAGGAUAUUGUUCCAGCGCUGUAUGAGAUAGUAGGAGAUGUCAUGAUGCAUGGACCAUGUGGUGCUUUGAAUAAGGAUAGUGUUUGCAUGGCUGAAGGAAAAUGUACAAAGUAUUUUCCAAAACCUUUCAGUCCGAUCACUAAAAUAGAUGAUGUUGGAUAUCCUAUAUACAGGCAACGUAAAGACAAGAAAGUUAUCGUUAAAAAGGGUAUUGAAUGUGAUAAUAGAUUUGUGGUUCCUUAUAAUAGGAGCCUCACACUGCUUUAUAGGGCUCAUAUCAACGUCGAAUGGUAUGUAGCACCUUCGGAGUCUACCUGGAGAAUUUUCGGUAAUCAUACUCACCAUCGCACAGUUUCUGUAGUUAAACUACCCUUUCAUUUACCAAACCAGCAAAUGGUCAUAUACAACGAGGAUGAUCCAGGUGACGAGGUUAUUAAUCGUGUCUCAGUUGGUACGUCAAAAUUUAUUGCUUGGAUGGAGUGCAACAAUAAGUAUGAACUGGCGAGGACGUUAACUUAUGCGCAACUUCCUACGAGAUUUGUGUGGAAUAAACCAAAUAGGAUAUGGACACCACGAUCAAGGAGAGUUACUCUUGGUAGAAUCACGUACGUACCCAUUGGGGCAGGUGAAGCGUAUUAUUUAAGGCUUCUACUUAAUUUAGUCAAAGGACCACGUAGUUUUGACGAUAUAAAAACGGUCAACAAAGUUCUACAUUCUUCGUUCAAAGACGCUUGCUAUGCGUAUGGAUUAUUGAAUGAUGACAAAGAAUAUAUUGAGGCCAUCAAUGAGGCCGGAUUGUGGCUUUCUGCCAAUUAUCUCCGUCGUCUUUUUGUGAUCCUGCUCACUACUCAUAGUAUAUCCAUUCCUCCUAGAGUUUGGGAUGCUACAUGGCAGGUAUUAUCAGAUAACAUCAUAUAUAAUUACAGAAAGGCUGUCAGGGAUCAAACUGUUAGUCUAUCUCAGGAGCAAGUUAAAGACUUUACUCUGGUCGAAAUGGAACUUCUUUUACGUGUAAGUGGGAGAUCUUUAAAAGAAUUCACACCUAUGCUGUUUCCUGAAGAUAUUACUUUGGAGUCACGUGAUAAUCCUCUUAUUCGGGAUGAGAGGAAUUACAAUCGCGAAACUCUUAGAGUUAGAAACAAGCAGAUGUUAGCCACUGUAACCAGGGAACAGAGAAGUGUUUAUGAUGAGAUCCUAGAAGCAGUAAAUAAGAACAAAGGAGGUAUGUUCUUUGUUUAUGGUUCUGGAGGUACUGGUAAAACUUAUUUGUGGAGUCUAUUAGGAUCUGCUCUACGUUCCCAGGGUGAUGUUGUUCUUAAGGUUGCAUCGAGUGGGAUUGCUGUGUUGCUAUUAGAAGGAGGCCGAACUGCGCAUUCAAGAUUUGCAAUCCCUAUCGUGGUUAAUAAGUUUACCUUUUGUUCAAUCAAGAAGGAGUCGAAUCUUGCCGACCUAAUAAGGAUUGCUAAACUCAUUAUAUGGGAUGAUGCGUUGAUGAUGAGUAAAGACUGUUUCGAGACUCUAGAUAGAACGAUGCGUGAUAUAUUAGAAGUUGAUAAGCCCGUUGGUGACAAGGUCAUUGUUUUAGGAGGGGAUUUCAGGCAAAUAUUGUCAGUGAUUCCAAAUGCCGGGAAGACAGAGAUACUUAUGGUCACUUUGAAUUCGUCACCUCUGUGGUACAAAUGUAGAGUAUUGAGACUUACACAGAACAUGCGACUUAUAGCUGGAUAUAAUAGCCGUGCGAUGCUUGAACGUGCCUUUACAAAGUGGAUCUUAGACAUUGGUGAUGGACCGAUAAAUGAUGAUGGAAGUGGUGAAGCCGUGAUUGAUAUUCCUGAUGAUCUGUUGAUUAAAGACUGUAAAGAUCCUAUAAAAACGAUCGUCAAAGAAAUUUAUGGGAGUUCGUUUUCGAAAGAGACUGAUCCUAAAUUUUUCCAAGACCGUGCCAUACUGAGUCCAAGAAACGAUGAUGUAGAUACGAUAAAUGAUUACAUGCUUUCAAAGUUGUCAGGUGUUGAAAGGACCUAUCUUAGUUGUGAUAGCAUUGAUACGGCUGAAGAAAUUGUCAAUUACAAUGAUGCAUCUGAAGUACCCUCGGAGAGUGUAGCCAGUAAGAAUAAAGGUGGUUCAAACAAUAUGAUUUAUACCGAGGAGUUUUUAAAUAGUAUCAAGAUGUCUGGUUUCCCUAAUCAUGUCAUGAAGUUGAGAGAGGGUACUCCUGUAAUGCUUCUAAGAAAUAUCGACCCUAAGAAUGGGUUGUGUAAUGGCACAAGACUCAUCAUUACUAAGAUGGCUAAUUAUGUUCUCCAGGCUCAGAUAAUAACAGGUAGCAAGGUUGGUGAGAAAGUACUGAUUCCUAGGAUAUUCCUCUCUCCUUCGGAGAUGAAACUUCCUUUCAGGAUGAGACGCAAGCAGUUUCCUAUCACAUUAGCUUUUGCAAUGACUAUAAACAAAAGCCAAGGACAGACACUCGAAAAGGUUGGUUUGUAUCUUCCAAGGCCGGUAUUUACUCAUGGGCAACUCUAUGUCGCUGUAUCGAGGGUUACAUCCAGAGAAGGUUUGAAGAUAUUGAUCACCGAUAAAGACAACAAACCACAAAGCAAAACAUUGAAUGUCGUCUACAAGGAGGUUUUUGACAAGAUAUGA